AUGUCAAGCUACCAGACUAUGAAGAAUUUGCUAAAAGAGCCUCUAAUUAUGAAGAAGAGAAAGAAGUUAUACAGGAAUAUGAAAAGAUGCUUGAAGAUGGGUUCUUUUAUUACCAAUCUUGUGCUGAUUUGCAUCUUUUGAAGAAAAGAAUUGACAAUGCUAUUGAAAAAGGAGAAAAAAGGUGCUGUCCACAGUGUGGACUUGCAGGUAGAAAAGAUAAUAGCUGCACCCACAUGACAUGCUCAGUGUGUCAGACUUUAUGGUGCUAUUUUUGCGGAAAAAAAGAAUCAGAUUGUGAUAAAAGUUAUAUAG